GCUAUGUGUGUGUACCAGUUGAACUCCAGUCAGUGCGGACAACAGGUGCACUGCAGCUUCCCUCCACCUUGCUGUUGGAUAAUGCCCGCAGAGCGCUACUCGUCUCUUUCCACAGGGCUUCCUCAUUUGCACUUUGAACACUUUAACGUUUUUAUAUCUUGAACACUUCCAGGCACAAAAAUGCCUUUUCCACCUAUCAGCCUGCACCAGCGGAUCUCAUCUCCUGGCAGGGAACUGUUCGGGAGAAAGAAAGCCACCGGAGUGCCUCCUCAGACUGAGAUCACCAGCAAAUCCGGCGGAGAGAAAGGGGGUUCCGAGAAGCAGUCCACUUCCUGGACGUCGGCGAAUAUUAGGAAUUUGGGGCGGAAAGCCCAGCCAGAGAAGAGUAAAAGCCCUGUUCAGAAGCCAGGUGCCGACCAAGAGACUCAGGGAAAGUCAUCCUGGCUGACGGUUCCUAAACCUCAGGACUCUUCCGAAGGAGUCAGACGCUCCACUUCCAUGGACUCAGCUAGACAGCUCCAUGGCAAAGAGGAAGGAAAGAAGGAGAUUCAGUUUACUCUCAGUCUCACCCCUGAAGCCAUUCUUGUCAUCCAAAAACGUAAUCUAGAAAAACAGAUGAUGGCAAAGCAGCAGAAAUGUUGCGCCUCCGCGGACUUUCGGCACAGGCGAGUUUUUCCAUCCAAAAAGGCGCACGGAGGAUCCAAGGGCUGCGCUGCUGUUGCCAAAGUGGAAAGCGCCGAGCAGGACAUCACCGCCAUUGUUAAAAUAUCACUGUUAAAUGAUCAGUACAAGUACGAUGAUGUGGAGUACGAAGAAGAGGAUGGAGAUGUGGAUGAGACUGUUGUUAGGAAAUGUAAAGAGUGGCUGAAAGGGGUCGAAAAUGCCGCUGCUUUGGGAAAAGUUGACAAACUUUCUGCACUCCCGCACCUUAAAGGCUGCUGACACUUGACAAUUGGUCUUUCAUUUUUAAACUUGAAAAUGAAGAGAUGAAGGACUUGUGAAAUGCUUUCACAGAUGUAGGCCUGCGGCAAUGGCAUCUUCGAUUUGAGUCUUGUAAAUCAAAUGUUUGUAACGGGGGUCCAUUAUCCAUUUGGCCAGCAAAGGAAUGUCAAUUUGUUUAGGUUUUUUUUUUUCCUAAAAAUGGCAGUUAUUCAAGAAAAUGAAAAUAGAUGAGUAAAUUUCAUUGGAAUGAGGGGAAUAUUAAUUUGUCGCAACAAAAAUCCGAUUUUAAAGCUUAACUGCAGCCUGGCUCAACCAACAGGGUUUCUUAUGGUUCACAGGGAUGUUGCUUUGCAAGAACAAUGCCUAUUAAUUGUUUUGUUGAAGUCUGACUUUAAUACCUUAAUAUUCUCAUCCUUUGCACAUGUUUUUCCCUCAGUGGGGCGCCUAUGGAUUGACAGAGGCUUUGCGUAAAGGAACGCAAAACGGUUCCUUUGUGUUGGAGAACAAUAAGGUGUCAGCAAUAGGGCUGUGUAUGCGCCUGCUGCAGAGACAAACUAUACUAUAUACUAUUUAUUUUUCUUCUAAUAAGAGGGUUGUAUCCUUUAUAGGGAUCUAUCAGCGAUGUGCAGUAUUUAAUAUUAGCUAAAUAUUUAUACUGUCAAAUGUUUUCUCAGCUGACAUGCCAUUUGAGGUAAUUUUUUACUGACCCUUUUAAAUCUUUUAAAAGCUUAUUUGUGUUGUACCUCUUAAACAAUUAUGUUAUUCUGUUACAUGAUGCUCAUUUAAAUGUCUUCAACAUGUCUGGCCAGUUCACAGACAGUAUUUUAUUAAAAGCUUGUUGUAGCUACCUGAGGGCAUUUGGCCAUUAGUGCUCUAAGCUUCUUAGAUUUUCUGUUAAGCAGGGUUGACCAGUGUAAAGUCGGCCCCAGGUACACUAUCCCACUAGGCAAUUACUGUCCAGUCUGGUCAAACAAAACAAUGAAUGUGGUGACAGGAGAUAUAUAUAGCGCUGGAGUCGAAAUCUGGCUAUUUUCAAAGAAAAGUGACUUGCAAGUGAUUUGCGACAGAUAUUUCUACUUUGAACUAUGUUAUUAAUGAAACUUUCUUGCUCAUGUGAUACUUACCGAACUACAAAAGAUCAUAUUUUUAUUCUGUAAGUGGCAUUGAACUUCUUGUUCUGCUCAGGGAGACAGAGCUGGCCAGGGACCAACUGAGGGCUUAGAAACAAACCACUAUGUGACUGUUUUCAGAAAAAAAAA